AUGUUUCCACCGCUCCGACUCGCGUUUUUCGUCACAGUUGCUCUUUUGGUGGAUUUUAAAUCGAGCAGUUGUUUUAACUUAACUGUGCUGCACACAAAUGACGUACAUUCGCAUUUUAUUGAAUUUAAUGCAUUCGGAGGCCGGUGCACGGAAUCACUUGCGAAGGAGAAGAAAUGUUACGGAGGUUUCGCCAGACAAGUUACCAAAAUGAAGGAGAUUAGAGCAAGCGAAGAGAAUGUAAUCUUCUUAAAUGGAGGGGAUUUUUAUCAAGGCACUGUCUGGUACACUCUACAUAAAUGGCAGGUCGUAGCAGAUCUUGUCUAUAAGUUACAAAUCGACGUUAUGUCUCUCGGAAACCACGAAUUCGAUGACGGACUGGACGGUCUUUUCCCUCUGUUGAAGCGGCUCAACGAAACGCAAGUGGUCGUGUGCAACAUAAAUUCUACACUCGUUCCAGAAUUUGCCGAAUAUGUCAAGCCCUCCGUCGUUCUGGACGUGGGAGGGGAGAAGAUAGGGGUCAUCGGAUACCUUACGACAGAGACAAAAUUUUUGUCUUCCACCGGUGCUUUGGAGUUCGAAGAUGAGGUUGAAUGCAUACAGAGAGAAGCUCGAAGGUUGGUCGAGGAAGAAGGCUUGAACAAGAUCAUUGCUGUGGGACAUGCAGGAUUUACCGUCGAUCAGGACAUCGCAAGAAGGGUUCCAGAAGUGGACAUUGUUGUUGGUGGGCACACCAAUACUUUCCUAUACUCAGGGGAGCCUCCAUCCAAUGAAGAAACUCAAGGGCCUUAUCCUUUGGUCGUAGAAAGAGAAAAUGGAUCAGUCGCUUUAGUCGUGCAAGAUUUUGCGUUCGGAAAAUUUCUUGGUCAUUUGCAAGUACAAUUUGAUGACGAAGGUAGAAUUGUUCGCUGGGGUGGAAAUCCAAUACUGAUGGAUUCUUCAGUACCUGAAGAUGCAGAGACCUUGGAAAUUCUUCGUCCUUACGGGCAGGAGGUCCAGCGGCGCGUUUUGCAGACGGUCGGUCGCACGCACGUCCUGCUGCUGGGAGACCGCCGCAUCUGCCGGAUGCGGGAAUGCAACCUGGGCAACGUGAUGGCCGACGCGGCGCUGGACCACUUCAUCCAGCAGCCGUCGCAGGAGGGAUGGAACUUCGUGGCCAUAGCGCUCUGGAACUCCGGGAGCAUCCGGGGAUCCAUUGACGAAAGAAUCAACCAAGGCAACAUCACUAUUGAAGAUAUUUUAACGGCUGCGCCCUUUGGUAACACGAUGUGCGUCGUGGGACUAAAAGGGAAGCAUUUGAGACAAGUUCUUGAGCAUUCUGUCAAGGACUACGACCUGGGAGCAGUAGAUCCACCUGGAAGUUUUCUACAAGUUUCAGGGCUUCGUCUGAAAUACAACAUGUCUCAACCUGUCGGCUCUAGGCUCAUAGAAGCUCUGGCUCGAUGUGCGAACUGCAGAAUUCCAAAGUACUUACCACUUGAAGACGAAACAGUUUACGAAAUGGUUGUUAACACGUAUCUUGCCAAAGGAGGAGAUGGAUUCAAUAUGGUGCAAGAAAAUGCAGUCACUUAUCGUAACGUUGAUGAGUUGGAUAUUGAUAUCCUCAUCAAUUAUUUUCAAAAGCAUUCACCAAUAAUAACUGGCUUAGAAGACCGAAUUGAGGUUUUACCAACAGAAUCGAAGGCAUCCGAUGCUACUACACAAGAAACAACAGAGCUAUUUCAACCAACCACAGGACUUUUUGGCCAAAGUGAAGUAACAAAUGGGCCCGGAGAAGAGACUUUAGUUGAAACACUAGAAAAUAUUCCAAAAACACUGCAAAAUGUUCCAAAUGAAUUAACUAAGAUUCUCCCAUUCAAAUUAUGAUUAGAUGAGCAAAGUAAAUUUUAAAAAAGUAUUAGCAAUCCCUCUCUAUUUUUAAAAAUCAGUUUCUUUUUUAUUAACUACUAGCUAAACCCUGCUAUGCUCAGCUGUAGUUCAGUCUGGAACUAAUUAUUGGGGAUUAACAGGGGUGCCCCCCCCCUUCGAACAAGGACACACACCCAAUCCAACUCCCAAAGCAAGA